CCAGCCCAGAGCCUCCCAAAACCACCACCAACACCAGACUAGAAAACACCAGCCCAGAGCCUCCCAAAACCACCACCAACACCAGACUAGAAAACACCAGCCCAGAGCCUCCCAAAACCACCACCAACACCACCACUAGAACAGAAGAGAUCAGACAGGACACUACCAAAACCACCAAAAGAACAGAGGAACCAACAGCGGACCCUCCCACCACCACCAACACUAGGCUCCACGCCAGGACAAGCAGUGUCACCAAGAGGGAGCGGGUAUCCAACUCCCACAAUGGACCCCAGCCUCAACCUCAGUCGUUGGUGGCAGAUGUCAGCCUUACCCCCAGCCCUAGGACCAGUGUUGGCUCCUCUACCAACUCCUCUCACUCAGUCUUGCCAUACGAUGGACCGGUUGUCUCUCUGCGGCGGGACGUCACCAUGGCAACGGCCUCGUCUCGGAAUAAGGUGGCGACCAGACCCACUCUCCGCCGGCCCCUCAGCCUGGACGUGACGCCUCUGCGCCUCCGUGGCUCCGAGCCCGCGCUGGACCGCAGGGUCCUUCAGCCCCCCUGGCGCAGCGCUGGUGGCCCCUCCACUGCCCCCUCGCCCCCAGCACGCUCCCUCACCAGCCCCAGCCUGGGCCCCGGAGGCUGGAUGCGCCGCAGCGAGAGCACCUGUACCGUCAACAACUCCUCAAUGGGCCUCCGGGCCACCAGGGGGCGUAUGCGUCCAGCCACCUCCCUUCCCCACAUUGCCCGGGGGUUUGGAGGGGCCUCCCCGCUGCCCUUGCCCUCCACACCGCGAGGCCCCUGUCUCCUUGUGGCCCUAAGACCCAUUAACCUAGACCAGGAGAGGCAGGCCUUCUUCCAGUCUGACUAUAAAUACGACCCCCAGUUUGAGUACUCGACCCCGGAGCCCAGCACUGUGCUGGAGAAAUACAGAGAUGGAUCUGACCUCUUCCUCGCACAGGCUGUUGGGAUUAUGGAGUGUAUUCUGAGGAAGUUUGGUAACUAUGAGAACUUUGAGGAAGUGACGGGAGGAAGUAUUUUACCAAAGAGUCGAGUCUGGGCUGCUGCACGCAAGUACCUGCAAAAGGAGAACUGUGUAGGAGAGGUGGUGGUGUGUCUGUCCGAGGAGCUGCUGUCCCAGGCGGUGAUGAUGGUGGAGAGUUGUCGUCCCACUCUGACUAUCAACCUGUCUGGAGCACGACAACACUGGCUGGAGGGCAUGCUCAGGCAUGAGAUAGGAACCCACUACCUUCGAGGUGUGAACAACAACCUCCAGCCUUGGUCCACUUCCGCAGGCAGGAAGCAGUAUGGCCUCAAACCGGCCAAUCCCACGGAAGAAGGCCUGGCCAGCCUGCACAGUGUGUUGCUACGGAAACAGCCCUACCUGUGGCGCGCCGCUCUGCUCUACUACACGGUGUAUCACGCCACCAGGAUGAGCUUCAGCCAGCUCUUCAGCCACAUCGCUCAGUUCGUCCAGGAUCCCGCGGUGCGCUGGGAGUACUGCCUCAGAGCCAAGAGGGGACAGACGGACACCUCGCAGCCUGGCUGUUUCAGUAAAGAUCAAGUGUACCUGGACGGAAUCCUCAGGAUUCUACGACAUCGGAGGAACAUCGACUUCAAGAUGCUGACCUCGCUAGGCAAGGUGUCGUUUGAGGACGUGGAAAGGCUACGGCACAUCGCCGUCCUCCGCCGGACCAGAAUCCCUCACUUCAUGCAGGACCAGGAGAAAUACCUUCAGCAUCUGGACCACAUUGUCACGGUCAACGAACUGAGCGACGCUCAGCUUAGAGAACUCCUUCCCUGAUUCAACAUGUAGAAUGGUCGGGAAAUGAAUAGAAAAUGGCGGAUGAUGUUCGGUGGUCAGAGGCGUUAAGAAUGGUCACCUGCUGCUAAUUACUUCUGGUCAGCGUGGUCUGUUUUCCCCUUGACUGACUGACUCCCUCUGGUCUAGACUGGCCAUACCAUCGUUGACUGACUCCCUCUGGUCUAGACUGGCCAUACCAUACUUGACUGACUGACUCCCUCUGGUCUAGACUGGCCAUACCAUCCUUGACUGACUAACUCCCUCUGGUCUAGACUGGCCAUCCCAUCCUUGACUGACUAACUCCCUCUGGUCUAGACUGGCCAUACCAUCCUUGACUGACUAACUCCCUCUGGUCUAGACUGGCCCUACCAUCCUUGACUGACUGACUCCCUCUGGUCUAGACUGGCCAUCCCAUCCUUGACUGACUAACUCCCUCUGGUCUAGACUGGCCAUACCAUCCUUGACUGACUAACUCCCUCUGGUCUAGACUGGCCCUACCAUCCUUGACUGACUGACUCCCUCUGGUCUAGACUGGCCAUACCAUCCUUGACUGACUGACUCCCUCUGGUCUAGACUGGCCAUACCAUCCUUGACUGACUGACUCCCUCUGGUCUAGACUGACCAUCCCAUCCUUGACUGACUGACUCCCUCUGGUCUAGACUGGCCACCCCAUCCUUGACUGACUGACUCCCUCUGGUCUAGACUGGCCAUACCAUCCUUGACUGACUGACUCCCUCUGGUCUAGACUGGCCAUCCCAUCCUUGACUGACUGACUCCCUCUGGUCUAGACUGUCCAUACCAUCCUUGACUGACUCCCUCUGGUCUAGACUGGCUAUCCCAUCCUUGACUGACUCCCUCUGGUCUAGACUGGCCAUACCAUCCUUGACUGACUGACUCCCUCUGGUCUAGACUGGCCAUACCAUCCUUGACUAACUCCCUCUGGUCUAGACUGGCCAUCCCAUCCUUGACUGACUCCCUCUGGUCUAGACUGGCCAUACCAUCCUUGACUGACUGACUCCCUCUGGUCUAGACUGGCCAUACCAUCCUUGACUGACUCCCUCUGGUCUAGACUGGCCAUCCCAUCCUUGACUGACUGACUCCCUCUGGUCUAGACUGGCCAUCCCAUCCUUGACUGACUAACUCCCUCUGGUCUAGACUGGCCAUCCCAUCCUUGACUGACUAACUCCCUCUGGUCUAGACUGGCCAUCCCAUCCUUGACUGACUCCCUCUGGUCUAGACUGGCCAUCCCAUCAUUGACUGACUGACUCCCUCUGGUCUAGACUGGCCAUCCCAUCCUUGACUAACUCCCUCUGGUCUAGACUGGCCAUACCAUCCUUGACUAACUCCCUCUGGUCUAGACUGGCCAUCCCAUCCUUGACUGACUCCCUCUGGUCUAGACUGGCCAUCCCAUCCUUGACUGACUCCCUCUGGUCUAGACUGGCCAUCCCAUCCUUGACUGACUGACUUCCUCUGGUCUAGACUGGCCAUACCAUCCUUGACUGACUAACUCCCUCUGGUCUAGACUGGCCAUCCCAUCCUUGACUAACUCCCUCUGGUCUAGACUGGCCAUACCAUCCUUGACUGACUCCCUCUGGUCUAGACUGGCCAUCCCAUCCUUGACUGACUGACUCCCUCUGGUCUAGACUGGCCACCCCAUCCUUGACUGACUGACUUCCUCUGGUCUAGACUGGCCAUACCAUCCUUGACUGACUGACUCCCUCUGGUCUAGACUGGCCAUCCCAUCCUUGACUGACUGACUCCCUCUGGUCUAGACUGGCCAUCCCAUCCUUGACUGACUCCCUCUGGUCUAGACUGGCCAUACCAUCCUUGACUGACUGACUCCCUCUGGUCUAGACUGGCCAUCCCAUCCUUGACUGACUCCCUCUGGUCUAGACUGGCCAUACCAUCCUUGACUGACUCCCUCUGGUCUAGACUGGCCAUCCCAUCCUUGACUGACUGACUCCCUCUGGUCUAGACUGGCCAUCCCAUCCUUGACUGACUGACUCCCUCUGGUCUAGACUGGCCACCCCAUCCUUGACUGACUGACUCCCUCUGGUCUAGACUGGCCAUCCCAUCCUUGACUGACUGACUCCCUCUGGUCUAGACUGGCUAUCCCAUCCUUGACUGACUGACUCCCUCUGGUCUAGACUGGCCAUCCCAUCCUUGAAUGACUGCCUCUGGUCUAGACUGGCCAUACCAUCCUUGAAUGACUCCCUCUGGUCUAGACUGGCCAUACCAUCCUUGACUGACUAACUCCCUCUGGUCUAGACUGGCCAUCCCAUCCUUGACUGACUCCCUCUGGUCUAGACUGGCCAUACCAUCCUUGAAUGACUCCCUCUGGUCUAGACUGGCCAUCCCAUCCUUGACUGACUCCCUCUGGUCUAGACUGGCCCUAAUCCUCCCAAGUGUCAUUCAUCACUCUGCUGUUGGAAAGCCCUGGAAAUGAAGGCUAGUGUCCGACAGACAGAGUGUGUGGAACGAACAGAUCAACACUCAGAUCAUAUCUACUACGCUUGGAUCAUAUUCACUAUGGCUGAGUCCUAAACGGCACCCUAUUCUCUGUAUAGAGCCCUAUGGACCCAGGUCAAAAGUAGCACACUACCCUAUGGACCCUGGUCAAAAGUAGUGCACUACCCUAUGGACCCUGGUCAAAAGUAGAGCACUACCCUAUGGACCCUGGUCAAAAGUCGUGCACUAUAAAGGGAACAGGCUGCCAUGUGGGAUGCAUCCUAUAUCAUGGUCAUACAGUCCAACAAGUCAGUGGAUUGUUGUGAUGACAGCAGUCCUGCAGGGAAACAGAACGGUUCUUCUGAUACUUGGUUGAUGUCUACCUUGGGUUCAUAUUCAACCCCCUGGAUGAUGUCUACCUUGGGUUCAUAUUCAACCCCCUGGAUGAAAGCUACCUUGGGUUCAUAUUCAACCCCCUGGAUGAUGUCUACCUUGGGUUCAUAUUCAACCCCCUGGAUGAUGUCUACCUUGGGUUCAUAUUCAACCCCCUGGAUGAUAUCUACCUUGGGUUCAUAUUCAACCCCCUGGAUGAUGUCUACCUUGGGUUCAUAUUCAACCCCCUGGAUGAUGUCUACCUUGGGUUCAUAUUCAAACCCCUGGAUGAUAUCUACCUUGGGUUCAUAUUCAAACCCCAGGAUGAUGUCUACCUUGGGUUCAUAUUCAACCCCCUGGAUGAUGUCUACCUUGGGUUCAUAUUCAACCCCCUGGAUGAUAUGUCCGUCUGUAUGGACCAUAUACUGUACGUCACAUAACUACAUUUCCAGUGAACGUCACAUAUAUCCAAUGCAUGUCUUUGAGGCAUUUUCAUUAGGUUACUGCUGCUGCAGUUCCCAUCCCCUUGCCUUUACUCACAUUCAAGUUACCUUAAUAUUGGAACCCAGGGGCCCGCAGUGAUUUUAUUUGGUCCCCCCAAUUUUUUUUUAACAUAUUGUUGGACAUAAUAUACUAUAAAAACACCAGCAAAUCAGCUGCAAGUGAUUAUAAUUUUGGAAAUCUGUUCUAAAGUAUUCCCACACAUAACAGAGAUAUAUGUGAUCAUAUACAAAUGUAAGGUUUGAAAUUAUUUAUGUUUUAGUCAAAUAUAUCUGUUGUGGCUUCUUGUGGUCAAUUUGCAGUCUAUAAAUAAUUUCUAAUUAUGUUUCCAAACCUCAGAACAUCUGCUGAAGAAUAUAAAAAUUGUCCUGCAGCUGAAUCUAGUUGAUGUUUCCUGCUGUAACCACUAGCUAACCUGGCUACAAGGUUGAGCUCAAUUCCAUUUCACUUCAGGAAGUACACUGAAAUUCCAAUUCUCUUCAAUAAGUAACAUUUGGAAUUUGGUUUACUUUCUCUAUUGACUGGAAUUGAAAUGGAAUAGAGCCCAAGCCUGUCUGGCUGUAUCAUAUAAAUACCCACUGGGCAAGAACAACCUUAUUACAUCAUUUCAACCAGAAAAAUGAUCUGUGAUGAAAUUGAAUCAAUGUGGAAAACUGAUUGGAUUAGAAAGUUAUCGACGUAUGGGAAUUUAGUCUAUCUUACACCCAUCUUUUAACCUAAAUCCAAUGACAUCGUGGCAUUUUUUGUUAAUUUCACAUUGGAUUCAUGUUAGUUGACGACUCAACCAAAUGUCAAUCAAAACUAGACAUUGAACUGACGUCUGUACCCAGCGGGUACAUUCUCCUCACGUACAUAGCCAACAUUUUACCACUGUACAUAGCCAACAUUAUACCUCUGUACAUAGCCUACAUUAUACCACUGCAGCCCAUGUCUGUGUAAAACUGUGCUUCUGCUUCUUAUACCUCUGUAAACAACCACAGGGUCAUGUAAUGGAUUUGUAAGUUAUUUAAUUUGUUUUUAUUUUUCAGGACAAAAACAAUGAAUGUCUAUGGUAUUAGUUUUGUAUCUCCUUUUUGUGGAGCUGAUUGUUUUAAGCCUUUAGCUUUGCUAAAAAGAACAUCAAGGAGCCCUCAGAUCUACUCCAGAACCCAGGUAAAGAACACCAAGGAGCCCUCAGUUCUACUCCAGAACACAGGUAAAGAACACCAAGGAGCCCUCAGAUCUACUCCAGAACCCAGGUAAAGAACACCAAGGAGCACUCAGUUCUACUCCAGAACCCAGGUAAAGAACACCAAGGAGCCCUCAGUUCUACUCCAGAACCCAGGUAAAGAACACCAAGGAGCACUCAGUUCUACUCCAGAACCCAGGUAAAGAACACCAAGGAGCCCUCAGUUCUACUCCAGAACCCAGGUAAAGAACACCAAGGAGCCCUCAGUUCUACUCCAGAACCCAGGUAAAGAACACCAAGGAGCCCUCAGAUCUACUCCAGAACCCAGGUAAAGAACACCAAGGAGCCCUCAGUUCUAUUCCAGAACCCAGGUAAAGAACACCAAGGAGCCCUCAGUUCUACUCCAGAACCCAGGUAAAGAACACCAAGGAGCCCUCAGUUCUACUCCAGAACCCAGGUAAAGAACACCAAGGAGCCCUCAGUUCUACUCCAGAACCCAGGUAAAGAACACCAAGGAGCCCUCAGUUCUACUCCAGAACCCAGGUAAAGAACACCAAGGAGCCCUCAGUUCUACUCCAGAACCCAGGUAAAGAACACCAAGGAGCCCUCAGUUCUACUCCAGAACCCAGGUAAAGAACACCAAGGAGCCCUCAGUUCUACUCCAGAACCCAGGUAAAGAACAUCAAGGAGCCCUCAGUUCUACUCCAGAACCCAGGUAAAGAACACCAAGGAGCCCUCAGUUCUACUCCAGAACCCAGGUAAAGAACACCAAGGAGCCCUCAGUUCUAUUCCAGAACACAGGUAAAGAACACCAAGGAGCACUCAGUUCUAUUCCAGAACACAGGAGAAGAACACCAAGGACCACUCAGUUCUAUUCCAGAACACAGGUAAAGAACACCAAGGAGCACUCAGUUCUACUCCAGAACCCAGGUAAAGAACACCAAGGAGCCCUCAGUUCUACUCCAGAACACAGGUAAAGAACACCAAGGAGCACUCAGUUCUAUUCCAGAACACAGGUAAAGAACACCAAGGACCACUCAGUUCUAUUCCAGAACACAGGAGAAGAACACCAAGGAGCCCUCAGUUCUAUUCCAGAACACAGGUAAAGAACACCAAGGAAUUAUUUUCAGAACCCAGGCAAGAAGACUAAAACUAUCGAGUGCCGAUAGACAUUCUGACUGGUCUGGAUGUUAAAAGAAAUCUUCCCUGGGAUUAGUUUUUACCACUAUUUUACAACACAUGUAUCUUAUUGUGUGGUUAAAUCAGAGCCAGUUCUGAUUGUUAUUUUGUUGUGUUGAGCGAGAGCUCCCUUGGUGGGCUUCAAGCUCCCUUGAUAUCAGCGCUACUGUAUUAAUGUGAUGUGACUGAGCUGAAGGCCUGAGCUUCCCUUGCCUCCGCCUCACAUGGGAUCUUUUGCCUUCUAUGCCAGGUUCAUGAACGUUAUAGGCCACGUUCCCCUGCUCAGACGUUGCUUGCAUCAACCAAUGGUUGCGUGCCACGUCAUUGACUGUGCCGUUGGGAAUAGCUGAUAGGUAAAACACCUAUCCAGGCGUUGUAAGAUCUGGCAUGCGUCAGCAACGUCUGGCCAGAGGAACACACCCUUAUAAAGGACAGGCCACUGAGAUACGCUACCAUGCCAACCUUAAUUCAUACUGUCAGGCAGCCAAAACUGACUAAUCACAGCAGCUUCCUCCUUUCCUAUGUUUGACAUGGCACAUGCGUGAUUGGCUUUAGAGGAGAAAGGUGGUGUUGUGGGCGUGCCUUAGAUGGGUUUUGAUUAGAACUCACCUGGGCUGCGUUCAGUAGGGCACUACGUUGUGGAAUUGUGUCAGCUCUAUUCAUAGCAUUUCUAUCUGCAGUGUUCAGUGUAUUACAACCUGCUGAAGUUAGACUUCUGUAGACUGCAUUUUAAUCAUCACUCUUUUGUCAUUUGUAUUGCAUGAAUGUUGCACAUUUUAUGUUCUGGAAAUAAUCUGGGAUUUCCAGAUUAUUUAUUAAAACAACACAUUAAAACUGA